CUCUUCGCACCGACACUUUUUUUGCCUCCGAGUCGAGUUGACGGGGCAUCGGUCAGAGAUUGCCCGGUCACGGCCCGGCGCAGACGGCAUCAAGUCAAGGGAGCCCCGGACACUCCGGCAGAGACUCGCACCAUACCGUCCGUCCAUUGAGGGCCCGCGAUUGGCGCCCUCGAAACCUUGCGUCGCGCGGUGUGUCUCGAGCGUCCGUCACCACACACAGUUACCAUGGCCGCCACCACCAUGGCGCCGGCGCCCAUCGACGACUCGAUGCCCGCGCGCAUCUCGCCCGACUGCCCGCAGGACGUCCGCGACGUGCUCUACCAUGCCUGGGCUCACGACGUCUCCGGCCUCAAGAAGCUGCUCGACGCGCGCGGCAAGGCCAGCGCCCAAGAUCCCACGACGGGCGAGACACCCCUCCACGCCGCCAUCCGGGCCUGCGGACCGGCCGGCGAGCCUGCGGCCGAGGACACGGACGAUGGCGAGGACGGCUGCGUCGAGGAGGCGAGGGAGGUGCUCCAGGAGCUGUUCUUCUCGGGCGCCAUCUGGAACGACGUCGACGCCAACAACGAGACGCCCGGGUGCGUCGCCCGGCGGCUGGGCCGCAAGGCCCUCUACGACAUGUGCGUCGACGCGGGCGUGCGCGCGGAGCUGCUCUUCUCCCUCAUGGGCGACUACGAGGAGCUCUCCUCGGGGUCAGAGGCGGGAGACGACGCUGCCGAGACCAAUGGCAACGACGGCAACGCGCCAGCCGACGCGCAGGCCGAAGCCCAAGACGUCGACAUGGCGGACGGCGGUGAUGACGAGCGCAAGUUUGUCCCGCCCGACGCCAACGAAAAGACGGUGACGAGCGACGAGUACCUCAAGUCCGACCUGACGUACGACGCGGACAAGCUUCUCGACGCGGACCUCAACGGCGUCAUGAUGGCCUGGGAGACGGACAUCAUGCGCCGCUCUGCCGCGGCCCUCGUCCCCGGCGCCGAGGAGGGCAAGCGCGUCCUCAACAUCGGCUUCGGCAUGGGAAUCAUCGACGGCAUCUUCUCCACGCUGAAGCCCUCGCGCCACCACAUCGUCGAGGCGCACCCCGCGGUGCUCGCGCACGUCGUGGAGCCCGGCUCCAGCUUCGGCCCCGCCUGGGAGGCGAGCGGGCCCGAGAACGGCGCCUACAAGGUCCACGCCGGCAGGUGGCAGGAGGUGGUGCCCAGGCUGCUCGAACAGGGCGAAGUGUACGACGCCAUCUACUUCGACACGUUUGGCGAGGACUACGCGCAGCUGAAACUCUUCUUCACCGAGUACGUGCCCGGGUUGAUGGACCAGGAGGGACGCUUUAGCUUCUUCAAUGGGUUGGGCGCCGACCGCAGGAUAUGCUACGACGUGUACACAAAAGUCGUCGACAUGCAUUGCGCCGACGCCGGCAUGGAUGUCGAGUGGGAGGAGAGCGACGUCAACAUGACGGCCCUCAAGGAGGAGGGCCAGGGCGAGUGGGAGGGCGUGCGGCGGCGGUAUUGGACACUGGAUAAGUACCGCUUGCCCAUAUGCACUUUCAUGGGAUAGAAAGCAAACAAUUGCCGGCUUAUGUCAAUCGAGAGGAGAGUAACCCUCCCUCACUCAGCUCCUGUACCCUGAGUUCGCAAACAAGAGCUCAUAUCCUGGC